UCUUUUUUUUCUUUUUUUUUUUUUGCAUCCCAUCCUUACGCUUCGUAGCGUUGGAUCCGCAGGAAUCUCUCAUCUGAUACAGCUAGCGGGCAAAUCACCUUAUGGCGGGGUGGCCCGGGCCGGGAUAUUGGCUUAAUCGGGCAUUUAGGAGCGUCACCCAGCACAAAACUUCUGGGUGCUAUUGAUUGAGAAAUUUUGUUCUUUCUUUUUUGUUCUUUUUUCCCCAUCUACUUGACAUCUCACAGCGAAAUACAGAGCUGCUAGUAGAAUAAUACAAUAAAUGCCACCGUACCGUACCUUGGAGAGUAGAAGACAUGUGACCUAGCUCCAAACAACCUCGGCACUCGGCGACCAGGCCCGCACCGCAACUCUCGCGAUUAUUCUCUUCGCGAGUCCUCGCUUCUUUCUUCCUCCCGACUAAGAAUAAGAGACGGCGCAACUCUGCUCUCUUUUUUAUUUUAGUUUAAUAUAUAUCCACCUCUUUUACACCCUCUUGUUCUCUCCUUAAUCCCCUCUCUUUCUUCCAAAUUCUUCGCCAGUUCUCAAGAGGGAUGUUCCCUGCUGCUGCUCGUGGCCGGCUCUCUGUUCUUGGACGAGCUACAUCUGCUCUAGGCCCUGCCCGCACUACGUCUAUCACAAUGGCCUCUCGUCGAGCCAACUCGUCUGUUCCUCAAGGAUACAAGGAGGAUCUAUCCAAGGGGAAGAUGCUCAGAUUCGAGGAUUCUCUCCCGAGACUCCCAGUUCCAGCCCUUGAAGAAACCGGCAGACGAUACCUCAAAUCAGUCCACCCACUUCUCACCGAGUCAGAAUUCAAAAGGACCUCCAAGGCUGUUGAGGACUUCAUUAAACCAGGUGGUGAGGGAGAACCUCUCCAGAAGCGGUUACUAGCACGCGCAGCCGAUCCUAAACAUGUGAACUGGCUUUCCGACUGGUGGAACGACGCCGCAUAUCUUGCCUACCGUGACCCCGUCGUGCCAUAUGUCAGCUACUUCUACUCGUACCGGGAUGACCGGCUGCGGAGAAACCCCGCAAAGCGCGCCGCUGCCAUCACUACCUCCGUACUGGAGUUCAAGAAACAGGUCGACGAUGGAUCUCUUGAGCCAGAGUAUCUGCGCAAGGAGCCAAUGGCUAUGAGCUCGUACCAAUACAUGUUCAAUGCCUGCCGUAUGCCCGCUAACAAGGCUGAUUACCCCGUCACAUACCCUGCCAAGGGCAAUGAACAUAUUAUUGUGAUUCGCAAGAACCAGGCCUUCAAACUUCAAACCCAUGUCAAUGGCCAGCAACUCAAUACCUCUGAGCUUCAGCACCAGUUCGAGAAAAUUUACCAAAACGCAGAGAAAGUCCACGCAGUUGGUGUGCUGACCUCUGCUAACCGAGACUUCUGGACCACCGCCAGAGAGAACCUCGUCAAAGCCAGCCCCGCCAACGAAGCGUCGUUGGAGACCAUUCAGAGCGCAUCAUUCGUUGUCUGCCUAGACGAUGCCUCGCCCGUCACUCUGGAAGAGCGCGCCCACGCCUACUGGCACGGCGACGGCUGCAACCGCUGGUUCGACAAGCCCCUCCAGUUCAUUGUCAACGAGAACGGCACCGCCGGCUUCAUGGGCGAGCACAGCAUGAUGGACGGCACCCCAACCCACCGCCUCAACGACUACGUCAACAACAUGAUCUUCAACAACCGCCUCGACUACUCCAACCCAGAAAUCCGCUCCACUCUCCCCGACCCCCAGCCCAUCAAAUUCGAGCUCAACAAGCAAGCCAUUGACGACAUCGCCACAGCCACCCACGCCUUCACGACCGUCAUCGGCCAGCACGAGCUGCGCGUCCAAGCCUUCCAGGGCUACGGUAAAGGGCUGAUCAAGAGAUUCAGAUGCAGCCCCGACGCCUACGUGCAGAUGGUCAUCCAGCUCGCCUACUUCAAAAUGUACGGCAAGAGCAGACCAACCUACGAAUCCGCCUCGACGCGCAAGUUCCAGCUCGGCCGCACCGAGACCACCCGCAGCGUCUCCGACGAGAGCGUUGCCUUCUGCAAGUCCCACACUGACAUCAACGUGCCCCGCGAAGUCGUUGCCAAGAACUUCCGCGCCGCCGUCGUUGCGCAUAGCAAGUAUACUGCCGACGCGAGCCUGGGCAAGGGUGUUGACAGACACCUGUUUGGCCUUAAGAAGCUCAUUGCGGAGGGCGAGAAGGUCCCUGCACUCUUCGAGGAUCCGGCAUAUGCGUACAGUGGCAAGUGGUUCAUCAGUUCUAGCCAGCUGAGCUCUGAGUAUUUCAAUGGAUAUGGAUGGAGUCAGGUUGUGGAUGAUGGGUUUGGUAUUGCGUAUAUGAUUAAUGAGAAUAGCAUCCAAUUCAAUAUCGUCUGCAAGAAACUCGGCGCUGAGCGCAUGAGCUUCUACCUCAACGAGGCCGCCUGCGAGAUCCGCGAGCUGCUCAUGCCAGAUCUCCUGGCUGAGGCGGAGAAGGCCAAAUUGUAAAAACACACUUGCUUCUUAAUGUCAUGUCAACAUGCACGCCAUUGUUGGGAAAAGAGAAUAGAAUAUUGUUUGUGCUGGGUACUAUUUGGCGAUGGGACGGAUGCGCGAGGGAGAGAAGAAGACAAUGGUGAGUGCAGAGCGGUGGUCUAUCAGCUGGUGAACUCAGUGAAUGGUGGUGGUGGUGGAAGGUGACAUUUGAUGAAUGGGGUUCUAUUCAUAUUCAAAAAAAAUAGCGCGCUUUUGAGUGGGGAUAUGUGUUAUGAUUUUACAUAUGGUUUUAUUUUUAAUUCUUGACAUGUUGUCUUCCCCCUGCUGAUGCUUGGAGCUUUUUUUCUCUCUUUCUUCUUUUCGCUCUCCUGCCCUGUCGGUUUGCUUUUUGCGUGUAUAUAUACCUACAUAGAUAGAUAAACCUCAUUUUCUCUUAUUUAUUCUAUAUUUUUAAUCCUAUCUUCUCUUCCUUCUCUCUCUCUCUCUCUCUCUCUUU